UCGAUUCGUAUCUUUCGCAAUGAAAAUCCCGCUGCGAUUCUUACGCAGCUGUAUUAUCGCAGGGGUAUCCUUAAGUGAUUAUUUUUUUCCUUCAGACGAUGAGACCGUUCAAGUUCUUCGUACGCCGGGAGGAGCUCAAUUAAUGAUAUACAAAGACUACAGUUACUCGCAUCACAGCCACAACAAAACCUGUAGAGUAAUGAAGUGCUCGAAACAGAAGCGAAUGAACUGUAAAGCCAGACUCAAAGUGAACGAAGGAGGAAUAACAUACGUUAUGUUCGAAGACCAUGCGGAGCUCAAAUAAUGUUAUACAAAGACUACAGUUACUCGUUCCAGAGCAACAACAAAACCUGUAGAGUAAUGAAAUGCUCGAGACAAUCUCGAGGGAAUUGCAAAGCGAGACUCAAAGUGAACAAAGAUGGAACAAUUAUGAAAUGAUUGUUGUGAACGGCAGACCGAAUCUUUUAUACGAGAAAUACACGUAUUCAAGGCAGGGCCCGAAAACUCAAUUUUAUUAUUACUGUUCGAGAAGAUUAGCUUUGGGGUGCCAUUCUAAAAUCACGUUGAACAAACAUGGAGAGAUCAUUGCUGCGUCGAUAGACCAUCGCCAUCCACCGCCCAAUUUGUUGAAGACAUCGGAUGGGAGAUAUCUGAAAGUGUUUUCUGCUACCGUACGAGUUUUUUCCCAGCCGACGAGGAAAAAACUUAGUGUUGGUCGGAGGGAAUACAUUUUCGAUUCAAGGCAGUAACACAAAAAGAUACUACUGCUCUAGGAAAAGAGUUACAGGAUGCAAAGCGCAUAUAGUACUGGAUAGAGACGCUGUGGUCAAAGCGAUUCUGAAUCACAAUCACGAACAGCCAGCCUUGCAUAGAACGGCUUGCGGAAAUAUAGUGAAGUUACAUAAGCAUUAGUCUACUUUAGAAUUUCGCAAAUUGAAGAUGUGAUUAAAAGAUAGCAAACGAUUGAUCUGAUAGUGAGCAGUCACUGUCGCUGAAGGACACUUUUUUUUUUGUUGGUCAGGAGGAA